UCUCGUUUCGUCAGGAGGCAUAAUAUCUGUACCUCCAUCUACAACCGACACCGAUUAUCUGCCCUUGAGUUCAUAGCUCCACGAGUUCGUUAAAGGUGGACUCAGGUGAUGAGAAGCCAUUCCCUUCCACUCAUGAUGGGCAAUCACAGCGAAUUAAAGCUAGACAACGCCACUCUGGCCCUGUUGAACAGUGUGAACACCAGGAUUACCAUCUCUGUCAUCUAUAUGAUCGUCACUGUCAUCAACCUGGUAGGAAAUGGCCUUUCCAUGUGGCUCCUCAUCUUCCAUACCUCCCCAAAGACCCCGUCCAUCAUCUUCAUGAUCAAUCUCACCCUCACCGACAUGGCUGUUGGCGUUGCGCUGCCCUUUCAGAUCGCCUACCAGCUCCAAGGAUACCACUGGACUCUGGGACCCACGAUGUGCAGUGUCCUGACCCUUGUCUUCUACACCAACAUGUACUGUUCCAUCCUGACCAUGAUGGCCAUUGGGAUUGUACGAUACCUGGGCAUCAUCCUACCCAUGCGUUAUAGAGACAAAGUUGGAACUGGGAAGAAAAAGUCCAUCGCUAUCAUCAGCUGCUUCCUCAUGUGGGGUUUAGUCCUGUGUGUUCUGCACCCACUGAUGACCACAGACCUGACCUUUUACAUACCUGAACUCAAGAUCACCACAUGCUUUGACAUGCUGAAGAAAGAAAUGCUCCCGUCAAAGGCUGCCUGGGCGACUUUUCUCUUCAGCAUGGUGUUCUUCCUUUUCCUCUUCCCUUUCUGUGUCACGACAUUUUGCUAUGUCAGAGUGAUACUCAAACUGGCCAAAAACUCCCAGAAAACCACCCAGAAAAAGAGAGCGAUACGUCUGGUCAUCGUUGUUCUCCUGGUCUUCACUGUCUGCUUUGCUCCAAACAACAUCCUCCUGUUGACUCACAGUGUGCUGAAACUUUUCUAUGAUCGGUCUCUCUACAUGGCCUACAAACUGUCUCUUUGUUUAAGCUGCCUGAAUAGCUGCCUCGACCCUUUCAUUUACUACUUUGCUUGCAAGGAGUUCAGACAAAAGCUGCGAAAGCUAAUGAAUCUGACGAGUCUGACUAGUGUGGAUUCAAUGAAGACGAAGCAGAAAGAGAGUUUUUACUCGGCACAUUUUGAUAGUUCAGAGAGAGAACACACCAAGGUAUAUUCCACAGCAUAUAGAGAGACAGAAUCAGAGGAAGAGAUAAGAGUGUAACUGGAGAGACGUGAUAAGGGAAGUGAGAGCGAGGGAGAAACCGUAAAAGUGAGGGUUUUCCCUGAGUGGGUCAAGCUUUUCAUAAUUAUUUUUACUUUCCCUGCGUGUUACGGACAAAUGAAAAUGAACAGGAAACAGAGUCAUUUGACUUAUUGUAUAUGUUUUUUCUUUUAAAUAUGAAAAUAUUAUUAUUGUAGAGAUUGUGUAUUUUUGCC